GGUGGAGUCGUGUGGACGAUCCUCGGCCCGUUGCGUUGCCCCAAACACUCCACAGACAUCAGUUCCGCUUCCGCCUCCGGUCUCCCCACCCCGCUUCCCGUUUUAAUUUUUGAAUUCCCCAUCCGGGCAUCCGGCAAUCCCCAUCCGGGCAUCCGGCAAUCCCCAUCUGGCCAUACCUCCCCAACCGCAUUCACUCAGCUCGCCUCCGGCGUUGCCUCGAAUCCCCACGCGGCGGCGGGGCCGCCAGACCGACGCGCGGCGCCCGCCCCCCUGCGUCGUAUGGACGCCGCCGACCCCCUCUGCGCCAUCUCUUCUCCGAGGCGACUCCUUCCCCGGACUCUCGGCCCCGAUGGCCCAGCGGCCUCCCCCUCGAAGGCCCGCGAGGUGCUCCUCGAGGCCAUCUCCCGCGCCCGACAGCUGAAAGGAUCCAAGGAGCUGGUUGAGCAGGCCAGAAUGGUGUUGAAAGGACAUGGGGAUAUCCAGAUGCUCUACCAUGAUGAUGGAGUGAAAGCCUGGGGCCCUGCAAAUGGCAAGAAAGAUCAGCAGGGAAGAAGGCCAGGGCUGGAUCGCAAACGUGGUCGGUUCACUCACAUGGCCCCGGAAAGCAAGGGGGUACCUGCUGUUGAUCGCUCUAAUGUAUUGAAGAUUAAGGAUCCAAACGAAUACUACAAAAACUUGGAUGAUCUUGAAGAGGCUGAGAAGGAGAUAAGACGGCUAAAUGGUGAGGUUGUAGAUGACAUAACAAUGAAUUUUGAUCCUGUAGUAGCACCCAAGAGACUUUCUACUUUGCUGGGGAGAAAAUCACUCCGUACUUUCAAGUUGAUUGACGAUGCUGAUCCUCAAGAUCCAAUUGAGAUAUCAGCUUCCCAAACAGGAACUGUGACGGGAUCUCAGCUCUCGCAAGAUGAUGCACAUGCCUCCGCUGCAGGAAAAAAUGAACAGUUUGUUCCUUCAAGACCUGAUUCAUUAGCUGAGAAGGAUAGAGACGAUUUGUCUUAUUUACUGACCUCGCUCCAAAAUAUGGAUGAACCUGAUGAGGAAGAAUUUUUCCGAAAGACCUUAGGGAUUGGCAAAAUAAGGAAAGAAAAAAUUUGUCUUCGUAACUCUAUUCCUGGUGAUAGAUCCCAAAGAAGCAAUACUGUAGGGAACAAUUCAAAGAGGGUUGCUCCUCCAGAAAGUUCUUUGCCUCAGAGUUACCAGAGUCGAGUUUCAGAGUUGGAGAAACAUUUAUUUCCUGGUGAUGCAGCAAAAGAUAAAAGUGCAGAUCUACAGGAAGAUGAUGAAUCUGAAGGUUCACCAGAUAUUGUGAUGGGUGAGCAACCAUUGGUGCAUGAUUCCUCUGAUGUUUUGAUGACUGAUGAGACCUUUACUGCAAUUGAAAUUGAUAAGGUAAACCCAAAUCUGAGUGUCAAAGCUGCAGAACCCAACAUGGCAGACUGUGCAGAAGAAAGGCAAACAGGAGGUUCCCCACUUGGCUUUUCUACUGCAAGUGAAUAUGAUAGGGAGACCCCAAAUCUGGGUGUCAAAGCUACAGAACAUGUUCUUGAUCCGGAACCAAGCUUGCCUGGUCAUGCAGAUGAAAGGCAAGCGGGAGUUUCCCCACUUGGUUUGUACAGCGAUACAGAAGUUGCCAAAGAAAAGGCUGCAUGCAGCAGGAGCAAUAUUUCUAUGGAGGAAGACAAUGUGCCAAUAGACCAUCCUAUUGAUAUGUCUAAUAAUGAAGUGGAAGUUUCUUCUUCUCAUCAUCUGGAAGGCAGCUCGGCAGAAGCGUUGAUCAGGACAUCAGUUAGAAAUGUGGCUUCAGAUGGUAUUGAUUGGGCGUCACAUGCAGCUGAGGACAACAUUCAACAUCUAGAAGCGGUCGAAGAGGAUGGUGUUAUACAAGAUAAGUCAAGUCAUCCAUCAGAAAUACCUCUAGAAGAUGUUGAUCAAGCGAAUCAAUCUCAGGUGCAUGGUGGAAACAAUAAGAAAUGAGCAGUUGAUCAGAGAAAAGCGCAGGCUCCGAUCAAAGAGAAGAAGCAACAAGCAGCUCACAAAGGGAAAAAGAAGCAACAAUCAAAGAGGAGCCAAAAAGUGGCAGCUGAAUCUAAUAACUCACUGGAAAUAUCCCAAGAAAAUUUUGAUUCAGAGAAUCAACCUCAUACGGAUGAGAACAUCGAGCAACAGACAGUUGCUACGAGUAGUGCUUUGUCGCCAAAGAAAGCUAAGGAGCAAAAGGGAGCUCAAAGGAGAAACAGGACCAGACAAUCAAAUCAAAGAAAAAGCCUCGGAGAUGCUGGCCUUGCGUGGCAGUCUGGAGUGAGAAGAAGCACAAGAAUACGAUCAAGGCCUUUGGAGCAUUGGCUUGGUGAAAGAUUCGUAUAUGGGCGCAUACAUGACACUAUGGCCACAGUUAUUGGCAUCAAAGCAUACUCUCCUGCUCAAGAUGGCAAGAAAACUUUGAAAGUGAAAUCUUUUGUGCCUCAACAGUAUUCCGAUCUUGUUGCUCAAUCGGCGAAGUACUGACGUGUUUGUCCCUGACAAGUCCUGGUCAGAUCGCCAUUUUCCUAAGAGGAUCUCGCAACUCAGCGACCUGUGUGACCUGCUGCACAAUGAAAUGCAGACAUGAUGUGAACUUGUAAAGUUAAAGACAUACUUCCUAUCGGAUGAUAGUAUGUGUCUGAAGUCUCGCUGUGAAAUGCCACUUUUGCAUGUUCAGGCAGGCAGUUCAGCUGUUGUGAACUUUGCAGUAGUAAAAUUAGCAUGGUGCUCGAUGCAUUGUAAGAACUGGCUUCCAUCUAUUUAAAGUUGAGAUGUUACUGGAGCUUUUGCUCCUGGGAUGA